CUGGCGUAAGGAGUCCAUCACUAGAGAAUCACGACUGAACAACAAUGAAGAUGGAACAUCCAUGUGCGCUUGUCAAAAUGAUCAUUAUUAUUUUAACAUAUGAGAUAAUGUGCCCAAAAGUACAGGGGAAACCAUCCAGUGGAGUGUCCAUCACUACUUUGCAGGGAUUUAUCACCAGUGACAACUACCCGAGUCCAUACCCCAAGCACUAUGACCGUACCUGGACUAUUUCAGGCCCUUCUAUGUCCAAAGUCACAGUAAACGUUUUAGAUGUGGAAUUGAAUGUGCAAAGUGAUAACAUCUACAUUUAUGAAACGAAUACAAAUCCUCAAUUAGGGAUUUUGCAAGUAUAUUCAUAUCGAUCAUAUCAAAACACUUUAAUGAUCAGAUUUACGGGUGGCAAUAAUCCAACGCAUAGAGGCUUACAUGCUAAUUAUACUAUAAUUACACUUCUUUUGGAAGAUGACGACACAAGGCCUAUCGGAUUGGAAUCUGGUGUUAUACCAGACAGUCUUAUAACUGCCUCAUCCACAUUCGGUUCCACAUUUACACCGCAAAAUGCCCGCUUGAAUAGCACACUGGGAUACUGGAGACCACAAACUCUCAACGCCAAUGAGUACCUGCAGAUAUUGUUUGAGGCCAGGCUUUCUGUGACAGGACUGAUCUUGCAAGGGGCAGUACUGCAGGUGGCCUCACUCAAUAAGUUAACUCCCGGUUGGGUUACUGCCAUCAACAUAGCCAUCAUGGACCCAGGAACAUCAGCGUGGAAGAACACAAAUACCAUAUAUUUUACUGGCAUCGAUAACUAUCAGGACCCAAAGACCACAUUAUUUACAAAUCCCUUGCAGUGCACGGGAAUACGGAUCAAGCCCACCAACUGGCAGAGUGACAUAGCCCUGCGAGUGGAGGUUCUUUCACGCACCUCCAGAGCCAAUGCCACUAAAAUAACAUGCGUGGCGAGCAACACGAACAUGAUUGCGACUCUGAUGGCGGAAAACGUCUACAUGGGAUUUGCUUGCUACCUCUGGGACCUUGGGGAUGGUCACACAGUUGCCUAUGGUGCCGAGUUCUGUAAACGUUUGUGGCCAAACGUGGCCACGGUAAACGAAUACGCGUCAGACACUUUGACCUUCUCAUAUACCUAUUCAUCCUUUGGAAAGUAUUCAAUCCAACUCCAAGAAAUCACCGGGUUUUCCCGCAGCAGUUACAACACGACUCUGUACUUAAACAGUUAUGGCUGUACACCUUAUACGUUGAUAAUUGGAGAUGAAACGGCAAAUAAACCCAAGACGCAGUUUUUAAAAGUGCCCGAACAGUUGGAUGUGAUGGCAACUUUGAACAUGUCUUGCUUGCUCAAAUAUGAAAAUAUUCAGUACAUCUGGUCCAUCACAAACCAGCAAAAUGGGAACAUAAGAGCAAUAAAUGCAAACAAUAAUAGCUUGCAACAUUUCGAUCCCUUCUAUUUCACCCAAGGCACGUUCUUAAUACAGGUCACCGUCAAUCUCCAACCACUCGGCUUGCAAAAUUUGUUGGACAAUAUUACCCUCAUCGUUGAUGCGACUCCAUUACAAGUGCAGAUCACUGGUGGAGACACCAGGACUGUUGGCAAUGAAGCUGAUGUGCAGAUCGAUGCAUCUCUGUCUUAUGAUCCAGACGAUCCAGGCCAGAGCAACAGCGGGAUUACAUUUAAGUGGCGAUGCACCAAAGUAUCUUAUGAUAACAAAUUGACAAUCUGCACGUAUGUUGACUUGGGCGCUGGCAUCAUAUCCAUCCCUCAGUCUGAACUGCAAACAAAUUCUGUCCUACAAGUUGAGGUGACGGCAACUAAAAAUAUUCGUGUUGCAAAUAAAACACAAGUUAUUCACGUGAUAGAAGGAAAUCCUCUGGACAUAUACAUAAGUUGUGAAUAUAUUUGCAGUGAACAUGUGACCACGACGGAGCCACUUGUACUGUCAGUUGAGUGCGUCAACUGCAAUGAUGACGCCGUGUCUUACCAGUGGGAGCUGAUGUCCAGGAAUAACAUAGUCAGCAACUUCGCAGCCAUGACAUCUACCGGCACCGAGGAUGGAGGCUUGGUGGUGCUUGAAGACAUGCUGCAGAUCGGGGAGGAAUACCAGAUUAGAGUGAGAGUUGGCACUGCCAGUAGAGCUGCUGCAGAGGCCACGUACUCAUUUUCAACCAGCAUCCCCCAAAGCAAUGGCACGUGCACAUGCAACCCAGAGUCUGGUUUUGCAGCAGUGACGCUCUUCCAGCUCUCAUGCAGUGGCUGGACGAGUGAGAGUAAGUCCCGACAGCAGCUCACCUACACGUUUAAGGCCGUGUCGAACCACACCGAGUUCCUGCUCUCCAGCUCUCAGCUGAGCCAGACUCCCUCUCUGCUGCUGCCCGUGGGAGACCUCGACACCCAAGGGACGCUGGACCUCAGGGCGAGCGUGUGCAACUCCGCGGCAGCUUGUGCGUCGGCCCCCAUACAUGUGUUGGUGACACGUCCUCCAGCAGAUUUGUUGGUAAACAACACGCACGCAAUGCUAGCAUCUGGUGGCAAAAUCCAGCUCAUGGUGCAAUAUAGAAAUCCAAUUGUCUCUACAUUCAUCAGCAUUACAACAGCAGCCUUGCAAGACAUUGCCAGUGAAUAUGAUGUGACGCAGCUCACAACAGCGCUCGUAAAGGCAAUGGGCAGUACAAACAUGUCCCUCAAUAGCGCAAGCGCGAUUUUGCAAUACACUCGUGGUCUGAGCCAGAUGGCAGAGUAUUUUACAAACGAUGAUCAGAAUGUUUUGUUGGGAAGUGUUACCAAAGCACUGGAGAGCAUGGAUAGUCUGACAACUGGGAAAAGAUCCGUAAUGAAAGUAACCAAAGAUGCUUUCUCCGUGUGCACAGCGGUAAUCGAGAAAAUGCUUGCAGAGCAAAGUAGCUUGGACAGAAAUAGGACAAAGAGGUCCUCAGCUUACACUCAGGCGUAUACACUCUUUGACAGUGUUUACCAAACAAUGCUUUUGCUGGGAACGCUGCAAAACAAGAAGUCCGAACCUGGUGAAAAAGCAGUGGGUCUCAGCUCAAGGUCUGUGUCCACAACAACCCAGAAGGUCACUGGCCAUAAAUUAUUCAACUCAUCGUGGGAGACACAAGAUGGGAGCAGCGCUUCUCUCUUUCCAAUGAAUGAUACUAAACAGUCUACAACACCUACCAUGAAAAUGAAUGUGCAGAUAUCUGCUUUCAAGGAAAAUCCAUUUGCAUGGAAUAAAGAUUCUCCUGUGAACAGUUCAGUCGUCAGCCUGCAAGUGAGCGGGGAAAAUAAAAAUGUGAACACGUUCACUUUGAUGACGGUUAGAAAUCAUAAAAUUUCAGGACCUGAAAUAAACUUUUUAGUAGAAACAAAUAACGUUUCAGCCUGUAAAUCGUUUAUCGUUAAGGACGGUGGCUUUGCAAUAAUAGUAGACAUUUCAAAUUCUCGUGAUGUCAAUGGCAGACUGGACUUAUAUUUACGUUACAAUCAAGCCCCAGCGGUUGACCUUCCAGAAUUUGAUUUUCACUUUGCCAUGGAGUCGAGAGAAGCGGCAAGGAACAAACAACGACGUGAAGGAACAGGUGAUUCUGUGAUUCAGACAGAGACAUCAUUUUUCAUCCCUAGCAAUGAAACCGAUGCUGGGAUUUAUUAUAUUUUACUCAAGAAUACUGGAAAUGAAACUGAAGGCAAUGCCACAAAUGUGAAAGUCAGAAUAUGGACAACUGCCUGCAAAGUGUGGGAUGAUGUUAAUGGCCAGUGGAAUUAUGACUUGGCACAAGUGCACCCGAACUCCACAAUAGAUAGCACUGUUUGUGUGGUUGGUGGAGGUCACAAGGCCACCACAACGAACGCCGGUCGCGAGCGAGUCUUCGUGGCGGCAGAGGUGUUGGCCCCAAACACCAUCGACUUCUCGACGGUGUUCACGAAGUUUGACCUGGUGUCAAACGGCGCCGUGUUUGCCACUGUAAUUGUGAUCAUCUUGCUCUAUCUCAUAAUGCUGCUGUGGGCAAGGAAGGCAGACAUCAAGGAUAACGAAAAGAACAGGAUGUUCUUUCUGUUCGACGUGGACGAUGAGAACCAGUGCUUGCUCGUGCUACGAGUGGCCACAGCGAAACGACAGGAUGCGGGCACGCGCUGUGGGGUCUGCUUCACCCUCUACUUUAAAGAGUUCGACACGGGGAUACGAGAGCUCGCUCACCCAGAGAUAAAGGAGUUUAAAAGAGACAGCAUAUACAACUUCCUCUUCUCUGUGCCAAAAAACUAUGGGUACCCACUGGAUGUUAAACUGUGGCUCAAAGAUGCAGAUUCCUUUGACUGUUUGUUUGUCAGUGAAAUCUCGGUACUGGACCUAGAAAAGCAGCAAGUGCAUUUCUUUUGUGUGAAUUCAAUGGAAUCAUCGGACAUGAUCAUAGGGCAUUAUGGAAAGAUAUUUCAGGUAAAAAAUGAUCACUUUUCAUUCAACAAUUCAUGGAUGGUCCAUGAAGCACUUAAGGGAAACUUUUCUGAAGGUCAUCUCUGGUUUUCCGUUUUCUUUCGCCCAUUCAAGACCAACUUCUCCCGCGUGCAGCGCAUCUCCUGUUGCGUUACGCUCCUCUUCCUCAUGAUGAUCGCCAACGCCAUGUGGUUCGGCAAGAAGCAGGCAGCCAACGAGGCGGGAGGCGGGGUCGCGGUGGGGCCGCUGUCUCUCACCGACGUCCUAAUCAGCCUCCUCGGCAGCCUGGUGGAGGUGCCCGUCAGCCUCGUGGUCGUGCUCAUAUUCCGCAACAGCCGCUCAGAGAGCGAGCGGCCUCCAGGCCAGAAGAGCUCCUGGAGGGGCCCUUGGCCCGGUGGCUGCAGAUUCGUGGGUUGGUGUCUCAUAGUCCUGACUGUCCUGAGCUCUGGCUUCUUCACGAUCCUCUACAGCAUGGAGUGGGGCUCAGAGAAGGCCAACCGCUGGCUCUUCCGAUUCCUCUUCUCUUUUGUCUUGUCAGUCAUACUGAUUCAACCCAUGAAGAAUAUCGUGUUUGCUGUGGGUCGAGUUUUAAUGUGGAAAAAGAAUGAAAAAUAUCAAGCAGACGAGAUAUUAAAACCGUACACGGAGAGUUAUGAAAUAAUGGACAGCGCUGGAAAAGAAAAACUGCAAACCAGCAAUGUACAGGAGAAGUCUUCUCCAAUCCCAAGACAAGGUGCUUCCGAAAGUAAAAGACAAACGUGUCUCAAACCGACGCACGUUUUACGCGCUCUGUACCUCGUGGCGCUGCUGUUAGCUGAAUGCUUAAUUAUAGGAGAUUAUACAAAGUCUCUUAAAACUAAUGUAGAGAAAACCUUCAUCGUGGGAAAAUUUGGAAAGGUUACCGAUGCCCAAAGCUACUGGGACUGGGUGUCCAACUCACUCUUGCCGUACAUGAAACAAACCGGCAGCAGCGCGACUACGAGCGAAGCUCCUGGAAACGAGAUGAAUCGCUUUCAUUUAUGUAUUGUUGGGCUUGUACGUCUGCAACAGCUGAGAUACACCAAGGGAUCGAGUAAGCUGAAUUUUGUGGCAAUGUUGAAAAAUGGUCAGUACAUUCCACCUGAAGAAGACACGAACAACUAUUCAAAAGCCUGGGUGAUGUCCAAUAGUACGGGUGGAGCCGAGAGAGACCAAUACUGGAUAUUCAAGGAUAUGGGAGAAGAGAUCAUCUCAAUGAAUGGUGAACGCCAGGGCAGAGGCGGCUAUUUGGUGGAGGCGGCGAAUGAUGCAGUGAAAGCAGCCGACACUGUGGCCUACCUGAGAGAGAACUCCUGGGUAGACCCACGCACGGCAGCAUUGGUCACCGAAGUCUCAGUGCUCAACGCAAACACAAAACUGGUCUGUCAUUUGACUCUGCUGCUGAUCUUCUCGUCACCUGGUGUUGCCAAGCCACAAGUCAACGCACGGGUCUUUUCCAUCCUGGAGAUCGGAGAGUUGCAGUUUAAUCUCAACCUGACUGCUUACGUCUCCAUUUUUGUCCUUAACCUGCUGUUAUUGGCGUGUGACGUUCCCAAAAUCUGUAAAGAGAGAGGUGCCUAUUUUAAAAAGGUGACACAUUUAGUAGAACUUCUGUGCUUUGGUCUAAGGAUAACCACUGCAGUGGCGUAUUAUCAGCAGACAAUGACACUUAAAGAAACCCUUGAAACAUAUACACAAGAUGGCAAUGUGACGUUUGGCAAGCUGGCCUCGCUGGACGAGCGUCUCAGGGUGGCGCUGGCGCUGUUGGUGUUCGUGGAGUCCCUCAAGGCUCUUCAGCUCCCCCUGCUCCACCGCGGAGCGAGGCGGUGCCUGGCGCUGCCUCUGCUGCACCGAGAGGCACGAGUAAAGAGCCGGCUGUUGAUGGUGGCCCUGCUGCUGGCCCUGUUGCUUAGCGCCUACAGCCUCUCUCUGCACGGACUGUAUGGCGCCCACUCCUGGGCCCACGCCUUCCAGUCCGUGACCUCUGCGCUCGUGCGCAUGUCCCGCCUGGGAGAGGCGCUUGGUGGCGGAGGGCCAUGCGCCACGCUCGCAUACCUCUCCUUCAGGCUGAUGGCCUUUCUCCUGCUCUACUUACUUAGUAAAUAGGACAUACUAUAUGUUGUCCCAUUCCUUAGUCUCCACAUUGUCGUAAUGGAUCUAGCCGUGGAGUGUAAUGGAUCUAGCCGUUGAGCGUUCGCCAGUUGAGUAAUUACCAGAAAGAGCCAUGUCACAGUGCUCAAUCCACAAUUGAGAGUUUGCAAGUUUUAAUCUUGAUGAGUAGUCUGGUAUCUAUUUGUGUUUAAAAUAUAUAUAAUCGAGAUAUAAUGUGUAUCUACGCACCGUUUACGGUGGUAUAUAACUACUAUAUGUUUUGUAUCUGUAUGGUGAUAUUUGUUGAAUAAAAUACAAACUA